GAUAGGCUGGCUUCCAUGAUGGGGGGAGGGGGCAGACGGAGAGAAGUGAACUGUAAAAGGGGGCCAGCAGCUUGUCCUUCCCAGGUCAAAGUUUAAGCAGGCUUUCACCCCAAACGCCGGAACUCUCAGGCACGCAUUCAAUCGCUCUAUUUGAUCCCUAAACCAAACAUGUCUUCCAAGGACAUUAACACACAUGCAGCUACUGUCGAGGCGCUGCUCCGGAAUCUAUCAGCCAAUCCCUCCGUCAAAUCAUUCAUCGACAUCGCCGACCAGAAUGCCAAGCUCAGAAAAGAGAAUGCGAACCUCUCUUCCAGUUUAGCCAACCAGAUAUCCAGCCUUCAGGGAUGUGUCGAUGAGGCACGAACCCGGCUGAAUGAAACCAGCAACCGGCUGAACGCUGUUCUCAAGGAGAGGGAAACACUGGCCACGCAGCUGACGACCGCGAAAGACAAGCUAGCGGCGAGUGAGAAAGAGCAGGGGAUACUAAAGUCCAAAUUCGAGGAGGAGCGACAAGGCAUUGAGGCGGAAGUGAGGGAGAAGGAAGAGGAGCUGCAGAGACUUGGUGACUUCACCGUUGCGCUGAAGUCCGUGGAAGGGAACGAGCACGAUAUAAGGAAUGCACUCAAUGCCAUAUUCAAUGCGGCCCGUAGCCUGGCAGACACGUACUUCGGAGUCAACCUACCAGGCGACAUCCUCGCAGACCAGACUCACUGGAACGAGAUCAGCGCAUACAAUUCAAACAUCCCGCUGCCUCGGUCGAACUCCCAACUCGCCAAAAGAAUGCGGGUGGCACUCGUGCUUUCCGUCAUGGGACAGGUGCUGUGCAAGCACAUAUUCCAACCCACGUAUCUCAGAGACUCUCCUGGCAUCGACAACAUUCUGAAGGUGCUCGCCAAUAAAGAGCCAGAUUUGGAAUCUCACCUGAGAGCGGUCUUGCUCAAGACGAGCAACAAAAUCGGGAUUCCGGACGGUUCCGUCAGCGAGGCCGCCUCCCAGAAUGUUUUUGACUUGCUCGCCCCCUUGGUGCCCGAAGACAAGAGAAAGGAGUUUCAAACGGGCUUACACCGUCUCUGCACAAUGGCACGCAAGGAGUGGGAGUCGAUCCAGACCCUCGAGGAUUUGGUCGUGCCCGAACUCGGGUUCAAUAGGCAGUCCAAACGGACAUAUAGGUGGAACUCGCUACCUUUCGACGAUCCACCUUCUUCAUCCUCGGCGUCGGCGCCAAGCCAGCGGACGAAUGGUACUACCUCAUCGUCCCAGACAAAAGGCGCUGCAUCGGCGCCGGGACAAGCGAAUAACUCGCCGGCUGCAGUGGCACAACCCCGCUUCGACACAGCUGCCGACAUCACUGACGGCCCUGCCGUCUGGCCGGCGUUCCUCAAUCUCUCAUACGGCGGUGAGACCCUAGCCGCAGGGUUUUGUCUGCCGCUAUCCCUGACGAAAGCGGCGGCGGAGGAAGAAGAGCAGACGGCCAUCCCGACGCCGGGAUCUUCCUCUCCCCGGACGCACCGGGAGCAGAGAGUGGAGGAGAGGAACAUGGGCACGAAGCGGAGGCGGCAAUCCGUAGCUUUUGCGAAUGGACAGUCAGAUCAAGGGAAGGUAAAAGGCUCUUUUUUAUCCAACGGGUCGGGAAGUGGUUCCAGGAACAAAUGAUGAAGAGGAAGGAAACUGGAAUGGACUUGUACGCGAGGAGAAAAUCACAGAUUGAGACCUGUAAGGACUGGGGGGAAGACUUGUGAGGAUUAGCAAUACCGCUUGGGUCUGAUAAUACGAGCUGUUGAUCGAUUUAGUUGGUUAACGUCACGAAGAAUUGCAUUCUAUAGGCAAUCAGAGAGUACUGGGUAGCUGGGGAAGUAUAACACUCAGGCUGGAACGCUGUAUAACUCCAAACGAUUCAUAUUGG